AUGGCGUCAACAUUUUCUCGGAUGGUCUUGUCGGCUGUUCGUCGUCCGUUACUGACACCUAAGGGUGCAACACCCUUUAAAGUAAUAACGAAACGAACUGUAGUAUGCAGUGAAACUGGAGCAGUCCUUCCACAGCCUCAUGUUGACCGCCUCGGUGUGCUCAAAGUGCUGGUGGUUGUCAUGCCAUUUUUGUACGUUGGUGCAACAAUAGGAAAAGAAGGAGCUGCGUUCAUGGAGGAAAAUGAUAUCUUUGUUCCAGACGACGAUGAUGAUGACUAA